AUGUCGACCGACCGAGAAAAGUACCCUGAAUUGUUUGUGCCGGACCGCAAUAUCGACCCGCGCACGCGUUCGCGGGAGGUGCCCAUGAAGAUCUUGGCGCUGAGCAUGCCCCGGACGGGGACAAUGUCCAUGCAGACUGCUCUUGAAACGCUAGGGUUUGGCCCGACGAUCCACGGCUUCAACCAGUGGAUGCAUGUGCAGGACACGCGGAUGUGGCAGGAAGGACUGGAAGCCAAAUUUUUCCUUCCCUCUCAGGCAAAGAUGAAACCCUUUGGUCGACAAGAGUUUGACCAGCUACUGGGCUACUACGAGAUUGCCUCGGAUUUCCCCUCGAUCGCGUUCGCAGAGGAGCUGAUCGCCGCGUACCCGGAGGCGAAGGUGGUGAUUGUCGAGCGCGACGUGGACGCGUGGUACGAGAGCUUCCACGACUCGUUUAUCAAGUACAUGUUCAGCGUGGCCGUGUCGGCGUUUGUCCGCCUCGAUACGCAGAUGUAUACCUUCCAGGAGAUGACCAACACCUGGGUCCGGGGCAAGUUCCGGGCGAAUUCGCGGCGCGAGCUGGAGCAGAACGCCAGGAAGGUCUACCGCCAGCACUACGAGACCAUCCGGCGGGUGACCCCCAGGGAGCGGCUGCUGGAUUUCAAACUUGAAGAUGGCUGGGAGCCGUUGUGUGCGUUCCUGGGUAAAGAUGUCCCUGAUGUACCCUUUCCACGGGUCAACGACCGCCAGGCCUUUGCGGAGCGGAGCGACCUCAUGCUCAAGAUUGCUGGGGGGAGAAUCCUCCGGAAGGGCGUCAUUUUGAUCACUGUCAUGGUGGCAGCAGGGGCCGUGUGGAUGAAGUAUAGUUCAUUAGGAUAA